AUGAGUUUUAUCAUGAAACUUCACAGACAUUUUCAAAGAACAGUUAUUUUGCUGGCCACUUUUUGUAUGGUGAGCAUAGUUAUUUCUGCGUACUACUUGUAUAAUGGCUACAAACAGGAAAAUGAACUUUCUGAGAUCUCUUCAGAAGUGGAAUGUGGUGAUCUUCAACUGUUGCCAUACAAGCUGAUGGAGAUGAAGACCAUGAAGCCUAUUGAUCCUCUGAGGACAGAUCUUGUAGUGCUGGUGUUUGUGGAAAGUCAGUACUCAACAUUAGGCCAAGAUAUAAUAACCAUUUUAGAAUCAAGCAGAUUUCAGUUUCACAUUGAGAUUGCACCUGGGAAAGGUGACCUCCCAGUGCUUAUAGACAAAAAUAAGGGCAAAUAUGCUCUCAUAGUAUAUGAAAAUAUUCUAAAGUAUGUGAAUAUGGACUCUUGGAACAGAGGCCUUUUAGAUAAGUACUGUAUAGAAUAUGGUGUAGGUGUUAUUGGAUUUCACAAAGGCAAUGAGAACAGCUUGCAGAGCUUUCAGUUGAAGGGCUUUCCUUUCCAUGUCCACAGCAAUCUGGGUGUUAAGGACUGUUGCAUUAACCCUCAUUCCCCACUGCUCCAUGUGACUAAAUCUUCUAAGCUUGAGAAAGGUCCCUUGCUUGGAAAUGACUGGGCAGUUUUCCAGAUUAAUCAUACAGCUUAUCAACCAGUGAUAUUUGCAAAAGUAAAGACACCAGAAAACCAUUUACCACCUCCUGCUAAAAGUGCUCUCCAUGCCACAGUAAUUCAUGACCUGGGGCUCCACGAUGGGAUUCAACGAGUCCUUUUCGGCAAUAACUUGAAUUUUUGGCUGCACAAGCUGAUUUUCAUAGAUGCCAUCUCUUUCCUGUCUGGAAAGAAGCUCAGACUGUCCUUGGAUAGGUACAUUCUGGUUGACAUAGAUGACAUCUUCGUUGGGAAGGAGGGAACAAGAAUGAACACCAACGACGUACAGGCCCUGCUUGACACUCAGAAUCUUUUGAGAGCUCAGAUUACAAAUUUCACUUUCAACCUGGGAUUUUCAGGGAAAUUUUAUCACACAGGCACCGAGGAGGAAGAUGAAGGUGAUGACCUGCUGUUGAGAUCCGUGGAUGAGUUUUGGUGGUUCCCCCAUAUGUGGAGUCACAUGCAGCCUCACCUAUUCCACAAUGAGUCGUCACUGGUGGAACAGAUGAUCCUCAACAAAAAAUUUGCCUUAGAGCAUGGUAUUCCAACUGAUUUGGGCUAUGCAGUGGCUCCACACCAUUCUGGAGUCUAUCCAGUACAUGUUCAACUUUAUGAUGCCUGGAAAAAGGUCUGGAAUAUCAGAGUUACCAGCACAGAAGAGUACCCCCAUCUGAAGCCUGCAAGGUACCGACGAGGCUUCAUCCACAAAAACAUCAUGGUGCUUCCUAGGCAAACUUGUGGCUUAUUCACCCACACAAUUUUCUAUAAGGAGUACCCAGGAGGCCCAAAGGAACUAGACAAAAGUAUUCAAGGAGGAGAGUUGUUCUUCACAGUGGUUCUCAAUCCAAUUAGCAUCUUCAUGACACAUUUGUCUAAUUAUGGAAACGACCGCCUGGGGUUGUACACCUUUGUGAAUCUGGCCAACUUUGUUCAUACCUGGACAAACCUGAAACUGCAAACUCUUCCUCCCGUUCAGCUGGCUCACAAGUAUUUUGAACUGUUCCCCGAGCAAAAGGACCCUCUCUGGCAGAACCCGUGUGAUGACAAACGGCACAGAGAUAUCUGGUCUAAAGAAAAAACCUGCGAUCGAUUACCAAAGUUCUUGGUGGUAGGACCCCAGAAAACUGGUACCACAGCCUUGUAUUUGUUCCUGAUCAUGCAUCCUUCCAUCAUUAGUAACUCCCCCAGCCCAAAAACCUUUGAGGAGGUACAGUUCUUUAAUAGAAAUAACUACCACAGGGGGAUUGAUUGGUACAUGGAUUUCUUCCCCACUCCUUCUAAUGUCACAACUGACUUCCUCUUUGAGAAAAGUGCUAACUAUUUCCAUUCUGAGGAAGCCCCUAAGCGAGCUGCUUCCCUCUCCCCCACCCUCAUCGCCCCAUCCGAUCGGGCGUAUUCCUGGUAUCAGCAUCAGCGAUCACAUGAAGAUCCUGCAGCUCUCAAAUUCAGCUUCUAUCAGGUGAUCACAGCUGGACCUCGAGCCCCAUCAGAGCUGCGAGCUCUCCAAAAGAGAUGCCUAGCACCUGGAUGGUAUGCUAUCCAUAUUGAAAGAUGGCUAACUUACUUCCCACCUUAUCAGUUGCUAAUUAUUGAUGGACAGCAGCUGAGAACUGACCCCUCUACCGUAAUGGAUGAAGUACAGAAAUUUCUGGGAGUCUCUCCUCAUUAUAAUUACUCUGAAGCCCUGACGUUUGAUUCACAUAAAGGUUUUUGGUGUCAGCUCCUGGAAGAAGGAAAAACAAAGUGUCUUGGAAAAAGCAAAGGUAGAAAAUACCCUCCUAUGGAUUCUGAGUGCAGGGCUUUUCUGUCAAGCUACUACAGAGAUCACAAUGUGGAACUGUCAAAACUCCUACACAAACUGGGACAACCCCUGCCAUCGUGGCUGAGACAGGAGCUACAGAAAGUAAGAUAG